UAAGGUGUGUCUGAACAUAGUAUAAUGUACAAUUGCUCGUAAUUAAUGAAGAAACCCUGAUUACUACUUUUUACUACUUUUUUAAAUUUACUCCCAGUUGCAUUACUUUUAUUUACAAAUUGUAUUGCGCUGUCAAAAUAUGUUUUGGAUAUUUGUAUUGACAAUAUAAAUAUCAAUGUUGUAAGGAUAUGUCGCUACAUAUUAUUAAUACGUCUGAUAGACCAACUGAAGCCACCAUUAAAGUGUCAUUUGACACGGAGAGAAAUGCUGAAAUCGCGUACCGUGUUCUAAAAGUUGAUGUAGAGCCGCGUCGAAAUUUUGUACAGAAAGAGUUUACUUUACAAGGUCUUGAUUUAGAAGUUCACUUUGUAUCCGAUGAAGUAAAAAAUCUGCGCUCAGCAAUUGCUUCAUUUUUUGAGUUACUUGUAUUGUGUACAGAUACAAUAAAAGCAUUCGGCAGAAAAAAUGCCAUCGCACACACCAGCUCCAAGCCCACAUAGAGCAGUAUAUGGAUUCGCUAUAUAUUUGUUCUUUUUCACACUUUUUAUUUUAUAUUUUCUAUGGGCCUUAUUGCCUAACAAUUUAUUAAAAAGCUGCGGUAUAGACUUUAUGCCUAAUAAAUACUUCAGUAUAUGUUUGCCGAUGUUAGUACUGAUGGGCUUAUUCUUCUUUGCUUUUUUCAUAUAUCCUGCAAUUAAUUUGUCGAUGACGGCAAACGUUGACGAGCUGGCUUCUGUUGUGGAUGUAUCAUUGUUACCUGAAAAUUGCAGAAAUUCCUGGAAAGAUAUACAUGCGGCUAACAAAACAGUUAAAAGUAUUAAAAAAACAAAAGAUGAAAAGAAUCCUUGUGCAGUAUGCAAAGAAACACAUCAACCAGCAGUACUAACUCAAAUAGCAACGCUAAGAUUUUUGGACUUAAGUGAUGUUAACAGAAAUAUUUUUGGUUAAAUGUUUAUUUCAUUAAUAAAAGUGUUAUACUUAAUU